UUGGUAAUAGUACCACCACCACCACCCGGUCUCAUUUUCCAGGCGCCGUCCCCUUUUCUAUCUGAAAUAAUGUUCAAUCCAGCUAUCUCUCCAUAAAUCCAGAACAAUCAACCUUCUCUUUCAUCAAGAUUGAAAACAUCAUGUUGGUUUCUUCACAUCUACCUCGCUGGUUUGAAGUACUUCUCACGGAAAAGUUUUUCAACGCUUGCAUAAUUCAUGAAGAGGAAAGAAAGAACGAAAAAAAUAUAUUUUGUUUGGACUGUUGCACCAGUAUAUGCCCUCACUGCUUGCUUCACAAUUCUCAUCGCUUGUUGCAGAUAAGAAGGUAUGUUUACAAUGAUGUUAUUCGGUUAGAUGACGCUGCCAAAUUGGUCGACUGUGAUCAUGUUCAGCCAUACAUAACUAAUAGCGCAAAAGUGGUGUUUAUAAACCAAAGGCCACAGACAAAGCUCAGAACUUCCGGCAACGCUUGUGGCACUUGUGACAGAGCUCUACAAGAUUCCUAUCUCUUCUGCUCUCUUUCUUGCAAGAUUAAUUAUCUCUUAGGCAUGCAAGGCGAUCUUUCUAAGUUUUUCUUUGAGUGCAAGUACUUGCCUUUACCAGAAUCGGGUUUUGAAAACGGUCUAGUUACACCCGACUCGGUACUUGAGCCAACUGGGUCGAUCCGGACAUCGUCUGGAUCGGGAGGAUAUGGUGGAGUUGGAUGCAGUACACUAGCUUGCACUGCUGCUACAACUAAGAUUGCGAAGAAGAAGAGGAGCAGCAUGACGGCGGGUUGUCGCUCAAUGUCUUCUCCAGUGCCUGAAAUUACGGGGAGCUUAAUUAAUAGAAGGAAAAAAACUCCGCAAAGAGCUCCGCUUUAUUAACUUUGUUGCAUGCGGUGGUGGUAGAGGCCAAUGACUGGGAGAGCGGCGGUGGAGGGAGAUCGGAGAACAAGAAAAAUCUUCCAAUUUUGUUGUGAAGGAUAUUGCCUCUCUUUUUUGUGUGGAUUCUGAUACGAACAGGCCUUUUUCUCUUCAUGAUAUUUACGAGAGGGCUCAUUGUGAUUAGGGCUUCCCUAACUAUAGAAUAUUAUUUAUACGCAUGGAUUUUGUCUCUAUAA